AAACAACCGUACCGGACACAACACGCAGAAUUGUGUAAAACACGUGUACAGUUUACAUGAGAAACACGUGGUGGUAGAUUAACGAGAAAAAGAAAGUAACGAAAAGAACGUUUAAUGAAAAAAGGAGGAAAGAUCGGACAAUCAAGUACACAGCUUGCGGCCAUUGCCCGUGGCCUUUGAGUAAAACAUCGGGUUAAUUGGAACACGGCGUCACAGGUUCUAAGUACGGAUUUUCAACGUUCCUCUCAUUGUUGUUAUGGAAUUUGGAAAGAUCGAAAAUACAUCAGCGUACGGCAUGGACUUGGCGUGGAAUUAUAGCGGCAGUCAUGUGGCCGCCUUAAACAGCUUAGUUGACUUCAGCUUUCCUGACGGAGCGGUCACUCAGACAGUUGAGAUGGACGGCGCCGACAACACCGGGAAUGAAACCUAUAACUUCACUCGGUCGGAAACCUCCGAAAUUCCCGGCGAGAUCCUGAUACCGCUUUACUCCCUAAUCUUUCUACUCAGCGUCGUUGGCAACGGCCUGGUCAUUGCUACCCUGGUCCAGAACAAGCGGAUGAGAACAGUGACCAAUAUGUUCCUGUUAAACCUGUCCAUCAGUGACCUGCUCCUAGCUGUCCUUUGUAUGCCAGUCACCAUCAUCCCCACACUGCUGCGGGAUUUCAUAUUCGGGGAGGUGAUGUGUAUUAUGAUACGCUACUUACAAGCGGUUUCCGCUGCCGUCAGCGUCUUCACGCUCGUUGCCAUCUCUCUGGAACGCUAUUGCGCGAUCUGCCGACCGCUUCACUCACGGAGCUGGCAGACGCUGUCUCACUCUUACAAGACCAUAGCGGCCGUCUGGAGCACGGCCCUCGUGAUCAUGAUCCCUAUCGCCGUGGUCCACAAGUACUGGACGCUACCCAAUGGGAACCACAAGUGUGACGAGGACUGGGGAGAAUUGGUGGACCUGAGAAGGGCAUACACGGUGUUCCUGGACGUGGUGCUGCUGGUGCUGCCCCUAGAGGUGAUGUUGGUGGCGUACGGACUGAUUGCUAGGACGCUGUGGAUUGGGAUUAAGAUGGAGAUGCAGGGACAACAAGAACUUCGCCAGCUCGGCAGUAACCGUGACGUCAUAGACGACGAGGUGACGACUAACGGCAACACGUGUUCCCAUAAACGCAUGGAUUUCGAGCAUUCGGCAGUGCGACGGAGUAACGCCGAGAAAAGCCUCGCUGCGAAAAAAAGGGUGAUACGAAUGCUGUUCGUGAUUGUCCUCGAGUUCUUCAUCUGCUGGACACCUCUGUACGCCCUCUAUACCUGGGUUGACUUCGACAAGGCCUCCGCCCGCAAGCACCUGACGGCAGUGUGCUGGUCGCUGAUACAGCUGCUUUCCUAUGUGUCUGCUUGCUGUAACCCUAUAACGUACUGUUUCAUGAACAAAAAAUUCAGACACAGCUUCCUGGCUGCUUUCCGUUGUAUCCGGCCAAAACUUCCGCCCCAGAUGAAGCGCGGGAGAGAUAGUGACUUCGGGUCCCCAGCGACAGAGCGCAGAGGCCACGUGACCUCGGUUCGACGUCAUCAACACCGCUUUCGAGUGCCUUACGAUCCUUACGGGGUCACCCUUCCGACACUGCACUGCUCUCACCCUCACAGUGAACGAAUACGACUAGAACCUAUUAGACAUAAAUGCAGCACUGAUUUUGUGGCGACACGUCAUCCUGAUCAACAUGCAUGACGUCACAGUCACUCGUAUGUUACGCCAUUACUUUAGAAAUGCAUGACGUGACAAUAAACUUGAAAAUAACCUUACGACGUGGUGAUAAUUCAUUAUCCUGAUCCACCUGUGUGACGUAAUGACCUGACCCUUACGUCAGUGAUUGGCGUAGUGACGCAACAUUAUUAAAAUCUACACGCAUGACGUCAUCCUGUAACAGUACAUAUUUCCCGGCGUGGUGUCCCGUGUGCCUUUGUUUCCGAGUGCUCCAUCCUUACGACAUAGCUUUCUAUAUUUAUGUAUUGACUUUGAAAAAUACUAGUAUGUAUCACAAACAGUUGCAGCCAAGGAUAAAGAAGCAACGAGAAACAUUGAAUUUUUAGAGAGAAAUGCCAAAUGACCUUGAAUGACACCAAAGAACCAACAACUAAGCAGGUGACAGAGAGAGUCCCAUAGAAUAGACUGUUCUGGGUGUAUCUACUGCCUACCUCGUCGCCGCUAGGGGGCACAUAUUUUUCUUGAGUUCUCCUUUUAGGAAAGGAGGUACAGCACGUUUGACUGUACACCAUGCUCCCUCCCAGCCUCCCGAGGGCAGUCCGAGAAUAAACAGCGCCUACAAACGGUGUAUUUUGUUACAAAAUGUUUCUGUAAUUUUGUGCUAAAUAUAUUAAGAUACUGAAGUGCUAUGUGUAAAGCUAAUGAGAGUAAAAAAGUUUACAGGCGAUAGAUUGUCAUUACAGAAUGAGUUUUCUAUUAAGAAUUUAGAUAAUUGAAAAACUGCUGUUUGAUACUUAGCGACCAAAUACAUCCCACCUGUAAAAUAAACACACGAUAGCGGCUACUCCAGUCAUCCUUGCGUUGAACUGCGAGUUUUUUUAUUUUUAUUUUUAAUUUACUAUUUUUUUGUUAACAAAAAAGGCAUUCACUACACUAAGAAAAAGUCACAGAAACGGCGAAAAUAUACAUUGUAAUAUCGAGACCAUUAGUAAAGAUAACUAACCUGUACCCAGACAAUGCAAAAUCAUGGUGAUAAUUAAUUUCGUAAUUGGACGCUAGUUUGCAGACGCCAAACUAAUGCCAAAUUGUGGUUUGUGAUGAACCUUGAGACAGAAAAGGUGAACUGCGUACGAUGUGUAAUUGAAGAAGGAAAUGAGGCUGUUGAUCAGUCUGACUGCUGAUUUAGUUGAUUAUCUGGUCAGGGUGAUAAGUGAGUGCAAAUUGGAAAUUGAUAAAUAACGUGGUGUAAAAUAAUAACGCUCUUCCCUGCUAUACGAACUUAUUACUUUCCGUUCCUUUUGAUGGUGGAGUUGAAAGACAACAUUGUGGAUUCAGAUAACAACCAUUGCCAGAAUGCUUAUAUGGAAAUAAAUAUU